AUGGAAGAGCGAGGAAACAUUCCAGUUUCUCUUCCUGUCAAAAAUCCUACAAGAAGCUACUGGCAAGACCCGCCCGACCAGGUGAUCGCCAACCUUCGCUCGUCACCAGACCUGACACAAGAUGCAGACGUCGUCAUAAUAGGCAGCGGCAUCACCGGAGCCGCAAUUGCCUGGCAUCUGCUUCAAGAUGAUGCUGAAGGCCCAUAUCCAAAGGUCGUUAUGCUCGAGGCUCGCGAGAUUUGUUCUGGAGCCACCGGUCGCAACGCGCAUCUGGACGCAUUACGUCUGGAGCUGGAAGAUUUCGUCGCCAUCAGAGGGAUCCGGUCGCGGUUGUUCGUGGUGCUAGGGACCAGAAUUCGCGGAAGGUCAAGGGACUUGUAG